UAUCACAUGUUUAUCGCUGAAAAAACGCUCUACGGAAUGAUUGAAAAUGUUUGUUUUUUUUAAUCUUUACAGGUUCAAUUUAUUAAUGACAUGCAAAUAUUAAUAUAAUUUAGAUAUUGUAAUAAUAGUUUUCCAUUUUUAUAACGUUAUUUUCGUUUUUCGGUGUUAUUAUUCGGUAGUGUUUGAGAAAAACUAACCUUGUCAAAGUUUUAUAUGAUUUUGACAUUAGUUCGAUAUGGCGGUGUUUUUUUAAGCGGAUGUGUGUGGUUAAAAGUUUUCGCGUUUUCGGGUUUUUUUUUCAUUAAUAUUAAUAGUGUGCGGUAAUUUUGUCAUUAAAUAAUGGAGGCGAGUGCGAGUACCGGGACUCGUGCGACGCGUUUUAUGAUGGAAGGUGUUGGUGCUCGUGUUAUUCGAGGACCAGAAUGGAAAUGGGGAAAACAGGAUGGCGGCGAAGGCCAUGUGGGAACAGUGCGAAAUUUUGAAUCUCCAGAAGAAGUUGUCGUAGUUUGGGACAAUGGAACAGCGGCAAAUUAUCGCUGUUCGGGAGCUUAUGAUUUGAGAAUUUUAGACUCAGCUCCAACUGGUGUGAAGCAUGAUGGCACCAUGUGCGACACGUGUCGUCAGCAGCCAAUUUUUGGCAUUCGUUGGAAAUGUGCAGAAUGUGGAAAUUAUGAUUUAUGUUCAAUUUGCUAUCAUGGCGAUAAACAUCAUUUGAGGCAUAGAUUUUAUCGAAUCGCAACUCCUGGUAGUGAACGGGUUCUUUUGGAACCUCGAAGAAAGAGUAAAAAGAUUGCCAUUCGAGGGAUAUUUCCUAGUGCUCGAGUAGUGAGGGGAGUUGACUGGCAAUGGGAAGAUCAGGACGGUGGAAACGGUCGUCGCGGUAAAGUAAAUGAAGUUCAAGAUUGGUCUGCUGCCAGUCCACGUUCAGCAGCCUAUGUAAUUUGGGACAAUGGUGCAAAAAAUUUAUAUCGCGUUGGCUUCGAAGGAAUGGCUGACUUGAAAGUCGUAAGCGAUGCAAAGGGACAAACUGUAUAUAGGGAUCAUUUACCUUUAUUGGGAGAACAAGGUCCAGGACGAACGGGUCCUCAUGGUUUGCAGAUUGGUGAUCAAGUAAAUGUUGAUUUAGAAUUAGAAAUUGUUCAAUCACUGCAACACGGACAUGGCGGUUGGACAGAUGGAAUGUUUGAGUGCCUAGGUACCACUGGGACUGUUGUUGGUAUUGAUGAGGAUCAUGAUAUUGUUGUUUCAUACCCUAGUGGUAAUCGAUGGACGUUUAAUCCUGCCGUGUUAACCAAAGUUCAAAUACCAGUGCCUGUAACCAGUUCCAAUACCGAUAAUCAAACUUUCGCUGUUGGCGAUUUAGUUCAAAUCUGCAAUGAUAUAGAGAAAAUUAAAUUGCUACAGCGUGGUCAUGGUGAAUGGGCGGAGGCAAUGGCUCCAACUCUUGGCAAAAUUGGAAGAGUACAACAAAUUUAUCACGAUGGCGAUCUCAAAGUUGAUGUUUGUAGCACAGCUUGGACUUAUAAUCCUCAAGCUGUGACUAAAGUCGCGAGUAGCGAUGGUAGUGUACCAGGAAACAGUAGUGGAGAACGUUUAUCUGCCUUAUUAAAAAAAUUGUUCGAAACGCACGUUUCUGGAGAUGUAAAUGAAGAGCUGGUGAAAACAGCAGCGAAUGGCGAUGCGACAAAGUGUGAAGAGUGCCUAAAACGACCAGAGGCUGAUGUUAAUGGUGUAUUUGCUGGUCAUACGGCACUGCAAGCUGCAAGUCAAAAUGGUCAUUUAGAAGUGAUUAAAAUUCUACUUCGCUACAAAGCCGAUGUCGAAAUUGAAGACAAAGACGGCGAUAGAGCGGUUCAUCACGCUGCUUUUGGCGAUGAGCCCGGUGUGAUGGCUCUUCUUGCCGGUGCUGGAGCAGAUCUCAAUGUUCGAAACAAAAGACGACAAACAGCUCUUCAUAUCGCGGUUAAUCGGGGCCACGUUGGUGUUGUGAGGACUCUUCUUGAAUUGGGCUGUCAUCCUAGUCUACAGGACUCAGAAGGAGACACUCCGCUGCACGACGCAAUCUCCAAGAAACGAGAUGACAUGCUGGCUCUGUUGUUGGACCAUGCAGCAGACAUCACCCUUACAAACAACAAUGGCUUCAACGCUCUGCACCAUGCCGCACUCCGUGGAAAUCCAAGCGCACCUUUGCAGCUUCAAGGCGAGCUGUUGCGAGGGACUCCGUUUCCACUAUUCUAUUCAGGAGUUCGUCUACAAGUUGAAUAUAUGUUAGAGGGAUUUUCUCGUCGGCAAAUUCGGAUGGAAAGCGAGCCUUCCUUCCAAAUACGAUUUCGUGGGGUGUCAAACCCGUGGAUUCAUGGACCGAGGUGUUGAAGGAAAAUACAGCAUAUGGCAACCAUCGGUCCCAAUCGGAGCGCUCGGCAUACGAACGUAAGUAUUCUACUAAUGUAUGAUGACUUCUUUCUAGGGAGCCGAGGGAUUGCGGAUGAUAAGCAGUUGAGCGAAU